UGAGCCACCCAAGCGGGCUUAUCAUGGGAACCCCAAGUCGACGGGCCUUAUUCCCAAACUAAAACCUGAGCACUCAGUCAGACAAACCUAGUUGUUAAUACAACCACCAGAACCUCCACAUCGAUGGGCGCGGCCACCGCCAAUGCCGGAGCCGCCGCCGCUUCCAAGAAGCAACAGAAGCUGCGGCCGAAGAAUUCUAUACGUAAGAACAAAACCAAGGACAAGAAGAAAAAGCCCAGUAACAAUAAGGUCAAAAGCAAUGAAAAGAAGAACGAAACUGGAAAAGCAGCAGCAAAAACCCCGGCCCAAAGGGGAAAAAACGUCGUCCAACGCGCAACUGCUUCUCAGCAGCUCAGUUUUUUUGUCAACCAGUAUCAAUCUGCCAACGGGGUUCAGCUUUCGUCCCUCGAACUCGAUUCCCUCAAAGAAACAUGCAUUGCUGAGCUGCAGGGUCCAGCAGAAAAUAUUACUGGCAACUUGGAUGAGAAUAUGAAGGUUGUUUUUGGAUCAUCGUGGAAACAAGUGCUGUUUGAAAAACAUCUUAAGGAGGGGCAAAUUGAUCCUGGAUGUCCUGCACUUCUUGUAAUAUCUUCAUCAGCAUUAAGAUCAUUGGAACUUCUCAGGGAACUGCGGUCUUUGACAAAAGAAUGCCAUGCUGCAAAGCUAUUCUCCAAGCAUAUGAAGAUUGAGGAGCAGGUGUCUAUUUUAAAGAAUCGUGUUAAUAUCGCUAGUGGAACACCAAGCAGGAUUAAGAAAUUAAUCGAUAUUGAGGCACUGGGUCUGUCUCGAUUAGCCGUAAUUGUGCUCGACAUGCACACAGAUGUCAAAGGCUAUUCCUUGUUCACUCUUCCUCAAGUCAGGGAUGAGUUUUGGGACUUGUAUAGAAGUUAUUUUCAUCAACCAUUGCUCGAAGGCAAGGUACGUAUGUGUCUCUACGGUCCAGUACCCACUGAUUUAGAGGCAAAGAAGAGCAAGGCUAAUGAUGACUAAGUGGUGAGACGUCCUGCAUAGCAGUUCAAAAACUUUGAUGGCUGUGGUUAUAGCCUUUCAAAUUUGUAGCCAACAAAUUUACCGAAAGAGGCUUUGUUUAGACUGCUGAACUGAUGUGAUGCAGUUGGAGACUGAAUAGAACUUGGAUAGGUAAACAAUACAUAAUUUGAGGAGAAAUACGAGCUGUGUGGCUGUAGUUCUCGAAAAUUUUAUGUAUGUUGCAAAACUGGAACUGCAGUUAUGACUGUAAAACAACAGAAAGUGCAGUAGCUGAUGUCCAAAAAUUGACCUGAAUUUAGUAGAUUUUACGUGAUAUUCUUUGAACUUUUGA